AUGGGACGUCGCAGCGACAGCCGCGAUGACAGCAGAGAGAGACGACCACGAGAUGCGAGACGCGACCGGAGACGAGCACCUGCAAAGGACUCCAGGUCUCGAAAUCGUGAACCGAAGCGAGGGCCAGGCCGUCGUGACAGCGACUCGAGACCCCGCGAAGCUGAACGGCUAAAUGGAAGCCGCAGCAACGGCGGGCGGCAAAGUGACGCAACCUCCUCAAGAAGAAGCAGAGGACUUGAGGAUGCCGAGCACACUGCAGGCCAGCCCUUCAACGGAGGCUGUGCAGGAGGAAACGAAGUGGAAUCGGCUGCCAUCAAGCCAAUCUGGACUUGCAAGAAUUGUGGGACGUCCAUGUUCGGGCAUCUCUUACAAUGCACGCGAUGCGGAAAGACCAAGCCAGAGGUGGACCUGCGGUUCGUUCAGGUGUGGAAUCUGCCUCCUGACGUCGUCAAGAAGCCGCUCCAAUGGUUUGUGAAGAAAGCCGGAGGAUCCAAUUCAGACAUGGCGCCUGUGGGAGCCCAGCUAGUCAUGGUUGCAUCUACGGCUGGCGGUGCGGACGUGCAGACGGCGGUCUUGGAAACGAAGGCGAUUCCUCAGGCCGAAGCUCUUGUUGCUGCCAUUGAAAAAUGGAAGGUGGGAAUUCCGAAGAUGAAGGCGAAAGUCAUCUCAGAAGAUGAUUUCGGGAACCUCUUGGAGAAGAGUAAAACAUGCCUAGUCUUCGUGAAGAACGUGCCAGAGGACAUAGAGGAUGAAGGUGACAUUAAGAACAUGGGCAAAGACAUCGAGAAGGCACAGAUUGGGCAUCACCCGCAGCAUGGCAGGUAUGCCAUCAUCCAGGCCAGAAGCCAUGAAGCUGCUCGAUCCUGCGUG